GAAAACAUUUCCGGCAGAGGGUCUGCGCAUGCGCGCCGGUUCCGGUGCUGCUUUACUCCACUCAGCCCGGAGCCGAGACCAUGGCGGAGAUCAUCGAGCAGCAUAUAGAGGACCGACUCCCGGAGCUGCUGCAGCUGGAGCGGGUCGGGCUUUUCACGCGCAAGGAGAUUAAGGCUGUCAUUAAGAAGGCCUCAGCUCUAGAAUACAAAGUACAAAGAAGAGCUCUUUUUAAGGAAGACUUUAUCAAUUAUAUCCAAUAUGAAAUCAAUCUUCUGGAACUGAUCAAGAAGAGAAGAGCACGUACUGGAUACGUAUUUAAGAAGGAGGAGAUCGAGUUUUCGAUUGUGCACAGAAUACAGAACCUCUUCCGUCGAGCCACAGCCAAAUGGAAGGAAGAUAUUCAGCUCUGGCUUUCUCACGUAGCCUUUUGUAAGAAAUGGAAUAACAAGACCCAAAUUAGUAAAAUAUUCUCUUCCUUGUUGGCCAUUCAUCCAAACAAACCAGCCUUGUGGAUCAUGGCAGCCAAAUGGGAAAUGGAGGAUCGCCUCUCUUCGGAAAGCGCCAGGCAUCUCUUUCUGCGGGCGCUGCGUUUCCACCCAGAGUCUCCCAAACUUUAUCAAGAAUAUUUUAGGAUGGAGCUAAUGCAUGCUGAGAAGCAGAGGAAAGAGAAGCAGGAGUUUGAACAAGCAAAAAUGGAUUUGGAAGAACUCGAUUUUCCAGAAGAAAUCCUAAGUGGUGGCUUGGCACGGAUUGUUUAUAAAGAAGCUGUGAGUAAGAUCAAAGGUGCUGAAUUUCAUCUUUCGUUACUUUCAAUUGCAAAGUUAUUCACUUUUGCUGGAGAUCUUCAGAAAGAGAUUUAUGACCACCUACAGGUUCUGCAUGCUGGAGACCCCCUCACCUGGGAUUUUGUGGCUCGGCGAGAGCUGGAGCUGGAGUCUCAGCCACUUGGAGAACUCGCGUCCAAACAAGGGAAAGCCGCGGAAGUGGCCCGCAGGGAGGAGCGCUGCUGUGCUGUCUACGAGGAGGCCGUGAGCUCUCUGGCCACAGAGGCCAUGUGGAAGUGUUAUGUCACCUUCUGCUUGGAGCGAUUUAAUAGGAAAACGAAUAACAAGGAGCUAAGAGAGAAGAGGCAGGAGCGGGCCAUGGAUGUGUUCAAGAGGGCUCAUGAAGCCAGGCUGCUGUCUGAAGACCUGUACCAGCAGUGGCUUGACUUGUUGCUGGGCCUGGGCCUCACUGAGGUUGCUCUGGGAGCGGCCCUGGCCAUGACGGACUGCUGCCCGGACUCGGCCCCCAGGUGGCAGCUGCAGCUGCAGGUGCUGAUCAGGUUGGAGAGCAGUGAGGUCAAUGAGCGUUUUGAGGAAGCCAUUCAGCACCUGAGGGCCAAGGAUUGUUUGCCAUUGUGGAGUUUGUGGGUAGAGUGGAGCGAAGGGGCCCACAGUGAAGCAGACACCGAAGCCCUCUUCCAGAAAUCUCUCCUUGCUACUGUCCCUGCUGACUCUGUGAUCAUGAAAGAGAAAUACCUUGAUUGGGCUUAUCGGACCGGCGGCCACAAGAAGGCAAAAAAAGUCUUUAUCAGUUUACGAGAAAACCGCCCAUUUUCAGUUCAGUUCUUCAAGAGGAUGAUCCAGAUUGAAAAGGAGCAGGAAACCUGUAAGAUGUUGAACUUAAGAGAAUACUAUGAGAGAGCCUUGAGAGAGUUUGGUUCUGUGAAUUCAGACCUGUGGUUGGAUUACAUCAAGGAGGAGUUGAACCACCCUUGUGGCAAACCAGAGAACUGUGGGCAGAUCCAUUGGAGAGCCAUGAAGAUGCUGCAGGGUGAACUGGUGGAGGAGUUUGUGGCCAAAUACACUUUUCUCCAGAUUGGCCAGUUGUAGGAAGAGCCAGCAGCUGGACUUGUGGACUCUAAGAAACCCCUGUGGUGGAUUUACAUUCUAGGUAGAUCUAUCAUUUAUUUGUACAGAGAUGUCUGCCUUUGAUUCACAGUGAAUAUCGAACUCUGCUGUCUGAUUCUGCUGGAAUUCCCAUUUGGCAUCUUUGAUCUGGAGGAGAGAGUUAGUGAAGGCUGUUGUCCAUCUGGAACAGAAACAAACCUUUUCUACUCCACUGCCCUUUUUCAGAGCUGACAAAAUCGGAACGACAUUCUUCUUUCCUUCCAGAUUUAUAUUGGGGGUCAGGAGUUGAGGGAAUAAGUUUUGUUCUCUUGUCGCUUCAGUCCUGUCCCUUCUGGGUUUUGUUUAUGUUUUGAAAGGCCACAAGAACAUUUCUUUUCUGAAAAGCACCCAAAGUGUAUUUGAGCUCAUGAAGCUUAGUGGAGGGAGGAGGAGAAGGCACACUCUUGGGUGUUCUAUCUUUUUAAAAUACUUAGGAAAGCAUAAAAUAUUACAGACCUAGAAGAAGGCACAAUUUUAGGGCAGGGGAUCCUUGUGCUUUAGCAAACCAGUUCAACGAAUAUUAACCAUCUGUGUUACUUGGCCAUGAGCCAAUGAAAUACCAGUCUCUGAAGAAUCAAGAUUAGAAAUUACUUAAAGAACAGCAAAGAAACACUGUGGGUAUACCAAGGACAAAUUGUACACAUAGAAUGUUGCAAAAGAUCUUGGAGCUGUAGGACUGGGAAAAGUGGUGGUGGUGAAGUUUGGAGCUGGGCUUAAAGAAGCAAGCUUGAGAUUUGGAGCCUAGUAAAUGGAAAGAUGGUUGUGGGAGGAACAUUUACCAUGGAGAAGAGAAGGCUGGGAGGGGUAGUAGUGGAAUGGGACAUGAUAACAGUCUUCAAGUAUUUGGGGGGCUAUCUUGUGGAAGAAGUAUCAGACUUGUUCUGCCUGGCCUCAGAGGGCAGAAUUAAGUAAUGUUUGGAAAUCGAGAAGGCAGAUUUUGACUUUUGACAAUUUUCUUUUUUUUUUUUUGUCUUUGACUGAUACAUUUAUUAGAACAGUUAUAAACUCUUACAUGGUUUUACAUAAUA